GCGACGAUCCGCUCGGAUUCCACGAGCAAGCGGUCGCGUGUUCGCGAUGUACGAUCGACGAUCGGUAAUCUUCGUUCGCGCGUUCGUUAAGUUUCGGCCGCCUCGAGGUUAGUUCGUUCGGUGACUCUGUGAGGUGAACUUGGUUCGCGCAUCGACGUGGAUCUAAUUGAAAAAUCGAUCAGUCCUUCGAUCGACUCGUGUAAAAUAUCCGAUAUCGGAUCUUUGCUGAUCAAUUAUAGUUAAUAAACACGAACAUGUCUCUUCGAGUCUCGGUGAUAAAUGACGCGUCAACCUGUUGUAACCUUGUAUCGGGUACGCCAUAGAGGCGUGUAAACAAUUCAUUGAAGACCUUUCGUAGAAGGGACAGUGCGGUGGAAACUUGCGACGAUUAUUGUUCGCUAUUCGCCCGUCGAAAAGGUACCUUUCGAGAGAAGAUGUGGAAGUGAAAGAUUCUCGUACGAGUGCUGUCAAGGGAGCGGAAAGAAAAUGGUACCGGACCAGAGAUUCGAUUGUCCGACGCGAGAGGCCGCGAAACGUGGAGCGUGAAAGUAGCACGGUUGAAUGGUGGAAGAAUCGAAACUCUGGAGUAGCGGAAACGAAGGGCGGAGAAGGAAAAAAGGAAGAAAAGGAGGAAACGAAAGAAGGUACUGCGGGGAAUUCGAAGCUGUGCCUCCGGUCACUUGCGACUAGCCGUGUAUAUGCAUAGGAAAAUCGUGGUAAUAGAAGAUCCCCAGCUAGCACGACGCGUAUCUGGGUCAUACAGCCGCUUCCCUUUCGCACGCGUCUCUCUGCUCUGUGCUCGUUUACCAUAAUUUUGUGAGAUUCCCUGGUACCAUCGGACGUCGAUUUACCGUCAGAACGAACGUAUCCUCCGUUAAUCUUUGAUCAGAAACGAAAAAAACAUGCAAUUAAGUGUAACGAAAGAACACGACAAAGAAACGUCCUGCAUGAAAGCUUUCUGUAACACUUUCACAUAGACGGAUAGAAAAUGGAACGGAAAGCGGUGGCGUGAAACGUGUUGUACAAAGUUCCUAGAUGUCGAUAUUCGUGGGGGAAUAAUCGGAAAAAACGCGAAAACGGGAGCAGACUUAAAGGGAACUCGGUUUUCCACGAGCCGGUGCGCGUUUCGUUGACGUUCAAGAUCUAGAGAGUCGUUGCACGCGAGCUCGUUUCGACUUCUUUGUUAAGCGCGGCGGUUUGUCGGAUCGCCGCGCCGGGUUAAAUCGUUUGCGUAGACGAACGUGGUUUUUCGCGUAACAGCUUCGAUGACGGCGAUGGUAACGAGCUGUUACAUCGUCACCGGGUGGAAAGCAGGAUAUCGAAGAGGGAAAAAAACAGAGUGGUGACCGUGGAGCUAGAUUCCCGCGGGGACAAUCCCGGACGAACGAGCCACCACGCGAGGAGCUAUUAUCUGUGUGGAAGAGCAAUCAGCUCACGCGAAACCCGUUUCUCUUUAGAACGGACACAUCGGACGCGCCGGCACGGUAAAUAAUGAACCUCCGCAGUCAUUUAUCAAGCUCACCGCGAGGCCAACGAAUGCUCAAAGUAGCCCGGUUGAAGUAAAUGGAAGAGUGCAACGCGAGCUGACGGCAGGUAGCAAAGCGCGCCCGCCGAUCCCAGCUGGAUUUCGUUCACAAGAAAAAUAAUACCGUCACUCGACGUUGCUCACGGUAUCUCGAUCGAACGUACUUGCCUUUCGUGAUCGUGUUCGGGGGUCGGUUCAAGGUAACGAACCUGGUCGUCUAAUUACAAACCAGGAAGUCUCGUGUCUCGUCCGUUCGUAUGUACACAAACGUUCGAUGUCGGUGUUGUGGCUGUCUCUGAGAUGCGAUCAACGGCCGAAUCGUCCUACGGUCAACCGCGUCCUUGUUCCGCGAGGUUUUAUCAACGCGACAGAUAACGCCGUUCCGAGAGAUUUCGUGGUUCCAUGAAAGUGAUCAUUACCGAGGAUCGUGGCCGAACGUUGACUCCGUUUUGUGCGACGGUGUAGUUCGGGUUUCCGGUGAAUCAUGCGGCGACGAAACAACAGCAACGCCGGUUGUUGCUGCCAGAGCAACAAGAGAUCCGGUCGCGCCGGUUACAACGACGCGGACGGAAACGAACCACCCGGUUGGUGCCUGUACACGAGCGUGGCUCUGGUAGCCGUUGCUUGUUACCUGAACGCGUUAAACGGUGAUUUCGUGCACGACGACAUACCAGCGGUGGUGAGGAACAAGGACGUGCUCGCUCAAACACCUUGGGCCAGCGUCCUCAAGGAUGACUUCUGGGGUACGCCUAUGCACGACAUCAACAGCCACAAGAGUUACAGACCGUUGACCACCCUCACCUUCCGAUUGAACUAUCUGAUGUCAGGAUUAACGCCAAGCUGGUACCAUGCGACGAAUAUUGCCCUGCACGCUAUUGCAUGCGUUUUGGUCACAAGGGUGAGCCUAGUGGUGGCAGCUCUUCGUCCAGGAUUUGCUGCCCUGGCAGGCUUGCUGUUUGCUGCUCAUCCUGUGCACACCGAAGCGGUAACUGGCAUCGUAGGACGAGCAGACGUAUUGGCCUGCAUUUUCUUCUUGUUAUCAUUCCUCGCCUAUCACGGACAGCAGACGGCUUACGUGUGGAGCAGUGUAUGUCUCGGAGCGUUGUCGAUGCUGGCGAAGGAGACGGGCAUUACUGUUUUGCCUCUAAACCUUCUUUACGACCUUUGCCGUUCCUGGCAUUCAAUCAAGAGGUCUAUUUUCGAAGCCAGAUGGAACGACGACUCGAGACACUUUUCUCGUCGCGCUGCAGCUUUGCUGGUUUCGUUUGGCGUGCUGCUUGUUGUACGACUCGCCCUCCUUCAUGGCGCUCUACCGAAGUUCUCGCCGCAGGAUAAUCCAGCAGCUUUUCAUCCCUGUUUCCACGUUAGAUUAUUGACGUUCUGUUACCUUGCGGCUUUGAAUUGCUGGUUGCUGCUUUGUCCAGCGACGUUGUCACACGACUGGCAAAUGGGAUCCGUUCCUCUGGUCGCCUCUUUGGCCGACACCAGAAAUUUGGCCACCUGUCUGUUCUUCGGUGGCUGUCUAAUUCUCACGUACAAAGCCUUCACGGAUUUCGAGCAACAGAGGCACCCGCCUCUUCUCCUUGGUUGGAUGUUCCUGGUACUCCCGUUCCUGCCCGCAUCCAAUCUUUUUAUUACCGUUGGAUUCGUCGUCGCGGAACGGGUGCUCUACAUGCCCAGUGUCGGAUGGAUCCUACUGGUCGUGUACGGGAUGCAAAUCAGCUGGACGGCUAUUCCCCGAAGAAGAAGUCUGAUCACAACGGGGAUAGUUCUACUCCUGCUGUUAGGAUGUUAUAGAACGGUUCUUAGAAACCGAGAUUGGACUUCAAGAGAAACUUUGCUCAGAGCUGGUCUACGGUCUCUUCCGCACAACGCCAAGAUGCACUACAACUUCGCCAACUUCCUCAGGGACAUGUCGCAACCGAACCGUGCGAUCCUGCAUUACCAGCUGGCCCUUUGGCUGUGGCCGACGUACGCCAGCGCGCAUAACAACCUCGGAACACUCACUGUGGGUGAUCAAGCGGAGCAACAUUUUUUGGCAGCGAUACACGCUCAGCCAGGACACGUGAACGCUCAUUAUAAUCUUGGUCAGCUCUACAGGAAAACGAACAGAACGGAGGAGUGCAUACGGAUGCUACAAAAAUGCGUGUCUCUUGAUCCAGCCUACACCCCCGCUUAUUUAGUUUUGGCGAGAUUGGCAACCGGUCCAGCCGCAGGGGUGCUUUUGAGACACGUGGUUCGAUUGCAACCGAGAAGUCCUGACCAUCUCGCGGAAUAUGCGUCCUGGUUGCACCAGAAUGGUAAAUGGUUACCCUCCCUGAAGUACUAUCUCAAAGCCAUGGAGGUCUCGCCAUCGCAUAGAUCGUCGCUCCUGGGAACGGUCAGGAUCCUGAGGUCGCGGGGUCAAUGGCCGAGGGUGCAUCAACUUAUCACCAGGUGGCACCUGAUGUUACGAGCGAAACGUGGCGGACUCAUAUAUCGUGGCGACCUUUAUAUACGCGCGUGGCAGCUGCAAAGCGAAUCCCGUCGCCGAGCGCAUCAGCAUCAAGCGAAUAUCUGCUUAUCGGAGGGCGGUUGUUCGACGCCCCGUGUCGCCAGCGUGUCAGUGCAGCUCGAGCAGGACAGCAACAAGUCGGAGCAGCUGGAGCGGGCGCCACGUUGCAACGUGCGUACCUGUAGACAGUCGAGAAAAGGGAAAACGCGCGUCACCGCGCCCGCACUGCUCGUACAGAACCUCCUGGAGACGCUCUAGCUCGACCAAUUAUUCCACUAACUACCUGUUUAUCUCUCUCUUUUUCUCUAUUCUGGUCUCAUCGUCGACGAGAACCUGACCAGGCACACACGAUGCCGAUUCGGGAAGCAACCAAUUGCUUCGAACGAGUCCCGAAUUCUUUGUGAUCGAAAAGAGAACGAAAAGCGGACGAGCAGAUUUUUUGGAUCUUUCUCUGUGUGAUACUUAUCCUGUUUUCGCGACGAUCGACGAUCAAUAUCGACCGUUCGAUUUCCACCAGGCGGAAAUUGCUUGAUUGGCUAGAUUUUCACGAAAGAGAGGACCAAGAGAGCCUGUACUUCGACCAUGAUUCACUGUGCACACCGAGUUGCAUCGAACUUGUCGCGGCGUUUUACGCAAACCAUAUUUACGCCGAUAGCCGAUUGGCUGGUGUCCCACGCCGCGACAAGUUCGAUGCAAUUCAGUCAAUGUACAUCGAAAACCAAGAAGAUGAGGGGAGAAGUUUGUACGAAGACGUGAUAACGAAAGGUAAAUGGCUUUGUUUAAGUGAUAAACGGCGUUGGUAAUAUAGUUACUACUAAUUGCGUCGUGAUGUUUCUAAUACGUAUUCGCUGUAUUUCGAGUGUGCUUUCGACGUUCUCAGAGAAACGCUGUGCUCGCUGUGACGAUGCUUUCGAUUCCGUGUCGUCGAGAACCGUGUAAAUAUUUAUUCGUCGUAAAUUCGAAACGAAAUAAGCGAUGUUUUUUUUCCAAGCAACUUCGACGCUCGAGGGUGAUAUUCGCGCUACGGAGAGUAUUUUUCUGUCACGAUCGCGUUCCUAUAAGACAGCUAUGCAUCCUCGUUGCGGACACCGCGGACUAGCGGGUCGGAAAACUCCUCGAAACGUGUAAAUAUCGUUGCUUUCGGUCGGUGUCUCGCGACGACACGGCUGUAAAUCGAGAGUCGAGUCACUCUUGAAUUUAUUUUUCCCACGACCACGAGUUUGACGAUGUCGACGUAGUACAGAGACCACGUAUACGUGGCUCGUUGUCCUUCUGUGAGCAUCAUUCUUUCUGUGUGCGUGUUUUGUCUUCGAUUGCCGGACACCUAGCUCUCCGAGCACGCAUGUAAUUAUACGGUGCCAAUUUUAGAGUAAUCAAACGUACCGUCGGUUUUCGGAGUUCGGUACGAUUUUUCUAAGGAAAUCGGUUGAGAAAACGUGCAUUGAGAAAAGGAGAAUGAAAGAGUAAUAAUAUUGUACUUCAUACUUCGAUGAGCUUUGUUAGGCAACGUUUCCAAGCUCUGCUAAAGCAUUGUUUACUUGGAACAAUGAAAUUUUAUCAAAUUUGUCGGUAAGUCUUAUAAUUCGAAAUUUCAUCAUGUUUGAAUUGCUUGAAAACUUGCGAAGAGAGUUUCGAAUAUCCAUCAGUAGGUACACAUUCAUUGAGUUAAAGUUUCAUUGAAGCCCGUCUUCUGGUAGAAAACGGUUCGGAAAGCAUCGAGCCGACAAAUCGGGGUCUCGUGCAUUGCAUUGCCGGUGCACUCGGCAGCGGGUUUCAAUUAAAGUAAACUUCAAUCCUGCUGGAAUCUUUUGUCUGUCUUCCCCGGGUUCGCGACUCAUCGGUUCGAUAGUUUCUUGUUUAAACGGGGUCGAAUGUGAGGCAGCACGACGUUCGGUCUCUUUUCCUUUCACGUUUUAGUUACACGCGUGCUGUCCUCGUAAAUCGUCGCUUUAAACGGGCGCUGACCGAAACGUUGCCAAGACUUAAUGGAAGACCAAUGUAUAUACGUUGUACACUAAAGAGAAAAAAAAGGAAGAAAAAGGAAAAAAAAAGGAAAAAAAAAAUCCGUGAAAACAUCGAAACGUUGCGCGAUGCUUAUUGAAUUUCUCUGCUAGGAGUAUUAUCGUUCGAGUGAUAAGAAACCGAGUCGCGCUCGGUAGCUUUAGAAGAUAGACGGUCGUACGUGGGCGUGAUCGAAGCUUGAAAUAAGAUUCGUCUAUGUCAAAAUGCACAGACGUGACGCGAAUUUGUCCGUAACAAUUUGCGUUUCUUCGUACAUAUACUCGUACGUUCUGUGUCGUCCCCGGUCUCCUCCUACCCUGCCCUUGUCUCGUCGAAUAUUUUCGAAUCGAAGCACGUUGGUGACGAAAUGGAAGAGCGACUGUCAUUGGCCUGGCAGCAAUUUACCCGUACAAUACCGGAGGAUCGAUCUGGUUUUUUUCCCUGUAAACGAACCACCGUGGUCGAUGGGGUAGUCGAUAGCCGCUCUAGGUCGAUUCGAUCGAGAUGAAAUAUUUUUUUAAAAUCUGCUCUACCGCGAUAUCGCGUCAACGUUGCUUCGCUUGGAUCGUGUGCAGGGUGUUGCGUGAACGAUAUAGUUUCGAAAAAAACGAGAACGAACGAGCGAGGGUAGCUUUUUCGUCUUGUACCGACGUUACGGUGAAUGUGAACGCGUAUACUUGUAUAUAUUAAUACCUCGGGAGCAUUUUUCAUUUUCACUCGAAGCUCAGUUUAUACGCUGGUGCAGUUUGCACAAACUAAUUUGCUCGUACAAAUUUGCCCAAAUAAAUUGAAUUGAUAACCCUGUAUGCGUGUUCAGUUCGGUUUAAACAAAUUUUGUAGUUGGCUGAUUAAUUUUGCCUCCGGAAUGGCUCUGAAUACAUUGCUUACCCGACAGAAUUUCUAUCUUUCACUGUUAUAUUAAAAUCAGCUAAUACAGAUAAAAUGAACUUAAUGAUUUUUCCAACGUACUUACGCUGUUAAUUAAAAAAUUCAUUCUAGCUGUUAGAUCGAUAGAAUCUACCGAGUUUGUGCAAAUUAUAUUAACGUACAAACUCAGUUCAGAACGAGGAACGUUCGGUAUCAUUCGUCGUUGUAAGAAACACGCAACGCCUCGCAUACUCGCGACGAGAUUCGCGUGAAAAUUGUUUAACGAAUCAGAAUAACCGAACGACGUAUCUUUCGUUCGGUGAGAAUGAAAUCGAUGUGAUUAAGGAUUCAGCCGAUUCCUCGGGACGACGAUUGUGAACAUGUUAUUUUAUUAUCGUAACGAAUAGCUACGAAGAGGUAUUUAUAUAGCUAUGCUUUACUACCUGAACGGUAUCGAAAUUAUUACAAUAAUUGCUCAGCAAGAAAUAAGAAGCGAGUUUUUCAUCGCUCAUUGUGUACAGUACAACUUACACGAAUAAAAAAAAAAAGAAAAUAUUAGGACGGUUAUUUUCUAAACCGUUGAACAAGACCGCGCGAGAUGUAAAUUUUGCGAUCAGUUUCCCUCCCCCAUUCAUCGUUUUAUUUCUCGUUAACCAUAGAACGGAAGCCCUGCAACGUUGUACGACACGGAACGAAUAAGAAAUAGAGAGAAAAAAAAAAGAAAGAAAAGGAGCAGACAAAUCGUGAAACGGCUCAAAGUUUCGAGCUACGUUAAUGGAUCGCCAGUCAGUUCAGUUCCUACUAAUUUUUUUCGAGGGAUACCGAGUGCGGAAACGAUUCGCGGACUAACUGCUUGUCGCGUUAAUUUUUUAGUUUUUCUUUUAUCUGAUUCGCAGAAUCGACCGUGUUGAAAUUCAACGAUGUGGUCGAGAUAGACGAGAUUCCCCGUCGAUUAUAACUCGAUAACGAAUGAUAAAGAAAAUCCUGAUUUGGAAAAACGAAAUAUGUUCGCGAGGAUGAAAUAUAGAGAGAGAUCGAAACGAAACUCGACGACUGGUUGUCGAUAAACGCGAGAUCGACGUGGAAUCAGUCUGCACACGGGCCGUAUAUAAUUAGCCGCAAAACUUGAUUAGUCUAGGUUAUUACUCCAUAGACCAGUUUGUACGUCUAAUUACAACACGUUAUUGCGCAUACUCACUGUGAAUACGAAUGCAAUUAUAAAUUAUCAUAAUAAAGUGUAUGUUUAUAUACA